AUGGUUUGUUCUACGUGUAAUGUAUUUCCAAUGUUUUGUCAGAGCGAUGAUGUCUUCGACGUUCUGGUAAUCGGUGGUGGUGCUACUGGCGCUGGAGUGGCCCUUGACUCUCAGACAAGAGGUUUAAAGACUGCGUUAGUGGAAUUGGACGAUUUUUCGUCGGGUACCUCUUCAAGGAGUACCAAAUUAAUCCAUGGAGGUGUCAGAUACCUACAAGCGGCUAUUAUGAAGGCUGAUCUCGAGCAGUAUCGCAUGGUUAAGGAAGCGUUAUUCGAGCGAGCUAAUUUUCUCGAAAUUGCUCCUCAUUUGAGUGCACCGUUACCAAUUAUGCUACCAAUUUACAAAUUAUGGCAGGUUCCGUAUUACUGGUUAGGGAUCAAAAUGUACGAUUUCGUCUCUGGAAAGCGAAUACUAAGAAAUUCAUUUUAUAUCAACCGAUCAAAAGCAAUGGAGCGGUUUCCAAUGUUGAAAAGCGAAUCGUUGAAAGGAGCGUUAAUAUAUUACGAUGGGUCACAUAAUGACGCACGUAUGAAUCUGGCGAUUGUUUUGACUGCAAUCCGACAUGGAGCAAAGUGUGCUAAUCAUGUGAAGGUUGAGCGUCUACUCAAAGAUGAUCAAGGACAUCUCAAGGGAGCUCAUGUAAAAGACAUGAUAUCUGGUGAAGAAUGGGAUAUCAAAGCGAAAGUGGUCGUUAAUGCGACUGGACCUUCUACAGAUACUGUUCGUCUAAUGGCCGAUCCCCAAACAAAACCGAUUUGUGCACCGAGCUCCGGAGUGCAUAUUGUAUUCCCAUCGAAUACUGGUCUUCUCGAUCCAGCUACAUCAGAUGGACGUGUAAUUUUCUUCUUACCAUGGGAACGAAUGACUAUUGCCGGAACCACGGACGCUCCGUCGGAUGUCACGCUGUCUCCGAUUCCUACGGAUGCUGAUGUAGAAUUUAUUCUUCAGGUGAUUGGAGACGAAUCUUGCUCUCUACAUCGACACAGGGAUUUUCUUCCUUUUCUAGAUGUAUCAGGGAACAGAUGA